CGGCUAUCGUCGUUUAUAAAUACCCGUCCAUCCCCGCGAACCGACUCCAAGUUCCUCGCCUUGGCCGUCUAGGGUUUUCGUCUUUUGUCUCUUUCGUUCCGCUUCCAUUCGCCAUUAUGCCUCGUCGAAGCUCUUCUGGACGAUCAGCUCCUCGUGCUGCUCCACGCUCUGCUCCAGUGAGAAACCCACCUCAACCAGCACAUCAGGCUCCACCUCCGGCUCCUGUUCAGGGAGGAGGUGGAUCUAUCAUUGGAGGGAUUGGGUCCACUAUUGCUGAAGGCAUGGCUUGGGGUGUGGGCUCAAGUGUUGGUCACAGGGUGGUUGAUUCUGUUAUGGGCCCCCGUACCAUUCAGCAUGAAACUGUGGUCACUGGAGCCCCUGCUGCUUCUGCUGCUGCCCCAAUGAGCAAUGCUGUUGGAACUGAUGCAUGCAGCACUCAUUCAAAGGCUUUCCAAGAUUGCAUCAACAACUAUGGUAGCGACAUCAGCAAGUGCCAGUUUUAUUUGGACAUGCUAAACGAGUGCCGCAGAAGUUCUGGUGCUACACCGAGCGCUUAAUUUUAAGCUGCAAAGUUGUUUUCGACAACCUCUCAUCUCCUUCCGAAUUUUGAGAAAUAAUAAUUUGGGUUUCAUUGGGGCACUGCCGAUCAACUUUAAUUAAUGCUUUAGGGAAUAAAAAGGUUAUAUCAUAAUAAAAUUUUUUUAUUUCUGAGUGAGAGAUGUGGUACCUCCAUCUUCUUUUCUUGGUCUCAGCUUAUUGUCUUUGCUUUUAAUGAUUAUGGUCGGUAAGCGUGGGUCUGAACCUCAGACUUAAAACUCAUCAACUAUAGAUGUCCUGUCUUUAAUUUAUCUGUCAUGUGUUGAUAUUUUGGAGAAAGGGCAGUGCUCCGAUCACACAAGUUCUCAUCCAUUUCCGGGGUAUAGGCGUGUUAACAUUUGGGUCAUGUACUACAUUAUUUUCUCUUUCUUUCCUGUCCUCCAAGAGCAUUGCA